AUGGCCCCCAGGGAUUUGGCAAUAGCAGUCAUCUUCUUAUCACAGACGAUAGUUGGAAUCCUGGGCAAUUUCUCUCUUCUUCACCAUUAUGUCUUCCAUUACCACACCGAAGGGAGGUUGAGACCCACAGAGUUGAUCCUCAUGCACCUGAUUACAGCCAACUCCUUGACGAUGCUCUCAAAAGGUGUCCCCCAGACAUUGGCAGCUUUUGGGAUACAAUAUUUCCUCAAUGAGUUUGGAUGCAAACUUCUUUUGUAUGUUCAGAGGGUGGGCAGGGGUAUGUCCAUUGGCAGCACCUGCCUCUUGAGUGUCUUCCAGACCAUCAUGAUCAGCCCCAUGAACUCCUGUUGGAAGGAUCUUAAAACCAAAGCCCCAAAGUACAUUGGCUUCUCCAUUUCCCUCUGUUGGAUCCAGUUCAUGUUUGUAAAUUUAAUUUUUCCUAUGUAUGUGUUAUUUGCAUCUAACAACUGGCACAUGAAAAACAUCACAAAGAAACGAGAUUUGGGGUAUUGUCUUUCUGUAGAUACUGAGACAAUCACAGUUUCUGUAUAUGCAGCAUUGAUAGUAUUUCCUGAAGCUUCACUUUCUGGGCUCACGAUCUGGACCAGCGGCUCCAUGGUCUUCGUCCUGCACAGACACAAGCAGCGGGUCCAGCACAUUCAUAGCACUAAUGUCUCCCCCAGAUCCUCUGCUGAGUCCAGAGCCACCCAGAACAUCCUCAUCCUCGUGAGCACCUUUGUGUCUUUCCACUUCCUCUCCUCCGUCUUUCAUGCUUGUAUUGCUCUUAUUUAUAAUCCCAGCCGGUGGCUGGUGAACACGGCUGCAGUAAUUUCCGUGUGCUUUCCAGCCAUCAGCCCAUUUCUGCUCAUGAGACAAGACUCCACAGUAUGUAGGCUCUGCUUUUCCUGGAUAAGGAACACAAAAUCCCUUAAUCUUACAGAAAAAAUGUGA